UCAAAAUGGCGGCUUAAUGACCGUUGUUGUUAGGGCGUACAAAACCUACACAGAAAGAUUACAGUGAUAACCAAGAAAAAUGCAUAAAGGACUAGAGGGAGAUACAUUCUCAGAUGAUUCCCUUGGUGAGUCGACUCGGUCUUUGCUAACUCCAGUGUAUGGCAAUUCAGGUCGAUUUGAAGAACCGGAGCUAUCCGGGGGUUCCUUGAGCGAUGACGACGAAACAGACCACGAAAAGGACUACAGCUUUGAAUUUGGAGGAACAACCAGCACUCCUAAGAGCAAGACCAAAGUAUCAAGAAGCUACACUCCCCCGACUAGUUCAUCAUUUUCAGGAUUGAAAAAAUCCGCUAGUAGAUGCACAAACUCAGCCCCGAGAUCAAAUGCCAAAGACAGCAAAACAACUAUCUCAAAGACAGUUGAGAACCAAGGAAACUGUCUUUCUCCGUGGGAAACCUGGCUAAUUAAAAAGGCUGCAGAAGAUCGUGAAAAAAUGAAGACGAGAAGACUUGAAAAGAAGAAGGCGCGAGAGGAAAAAGAGAAAAAGGAGAGAGAAAGGGAAGAACUUUUGAGAGUUGCAAGUGAGAAAUAUGUCGAAUGGCUGGAAAUCAAAAAUAAGUCUUUUACAGAGGAGAGGAGAAUAAAACAUAGAGAAGAACGCCUUGAAGAGAAGAAAAAAGAAAACAUGAACCGUAUUACUCAAGAGAAAGCAGCAAUCAAAUUCAACAAUUGGCUCCAGGAGAAGAAGACAAAAGAAUAUGAGAGAAAAAUAAAGGAGGAAGAACAUGCAAGAAUAACAAAGGAUCAAGAAGUUACUAGGAAAAUGAACAAUGAAGAAGCUUACAGCAAAUGGAUUGCAGCAGUUAAAGAAAAACCUAAACCUGUGUACAACAGUUUUGGUUACACAGGAGGAAUGUUAACAGGGUAUUAUGAAUGGGGUUCAUAUCCAGCACCUAGUUACUGCAAUCCUAUUCCAUGGGUGCCUCCUAAGAUUAAAAGAGAUUGUAACAGAAGGAAGGGCAAAGUAGAGAUGCAGCCUGCAUCCCCACCUCUUCUCUUUAGAGACAUUGAAAACAGACAAGCAAGACAGAAGAAAAAAUAAUCAGUGCAAUUUUUAGUUUGUAUUUUAUUAUUGAACCCCGCACACAUAGUUUCACAUUCAGCUAUUUUCUAAACACUGUCAAUUUUUUUCUGAUGAAUCAAUUUAAUAUUAAAAUAAACACUUUAUUUAAAUGGGCACACAAACAAUA